AUGACGAAGGACGAUUGUGUAUUGAAGCUGUUAAUGAUAAUGGAUUCAGAAAAGGUGUGCGAAAAGGCCGGACGCAAAGUUAACAAGCCCACAUAUGUCUGUCUCGAACACGGUCAUCGCAUAAAUGCGGGAGACUGCGAUGGGGCUGGAGGGUUUGCCACUGUUAUCAAGGUACCGUUCGGCUCCAACAACUACUGGUGGUGUCCAAUGUCGUAUCAAUCGGUUUUAUACUUUUACUGUCCCCGUUCGAAUUGUAUUGUAAGAAGAAAAAGUUUGGUAACAAAUGAUAUGGAGGUGAGACUGAUUCAUAAGGGCCAAUAUCUAGUAUGGAUUCAAGAUCCAGAGGACAUUAAUGUAUAUAAUAUAUAUGGAACUAACCCAAGUAGUCAAAAUCCAUCGGUCUCCAUUGUUGAAGCGAGAGAUUUUUUAGGCGAAUCGGUCCCACCGAGAGAAUCGGUCCCACCGAGAGAAUCGGUCCCACCGAUAGAAUCGGUCCCAAAUACAGCGUCGAAUCCAGUGCCAGAAUUCAAUCCUUUCUUAAAGUUUAAUUUGGGCUGGUUUCCCAGCGCUGGUAAAUCUGGGGAUAAGGAGAAAAAGGUGGAUCCUGAGGAGUUCGCGCACCUCGGACCAGUGCAAUAUGAGGAGAGAUACGUGCAUGAGGUUUACGAGAAUAUUGCGGACCAUUUCAGCAACACCCGGUAUAAAGGAUGGCCUAAAAUUGUUAAUUGGCUGGCGUCGCACACGUGUGCUGGUCAGAUAAUUGUCGAUGUUGGAUGCGGCAACGGCAAAUACAGUACCGCGGUGCACCCGAGAGCCUUGUGGAUUGGAACGGACUACAGUUCCAACCUUUUAACCAACGCAAGAAACUCAGUAAACACUCUUCUCUUCGCAAAAGAGGCGCGCAGAAUGCUCGAACCGGUGGAAGUGUUUCGCGAUGACGCUUUGCAACUCCACUUCAGAAGCGGUAUCGCCGAUUUUUGUAUUUGCAUUGCGGUUCUCCAUCACAUCACUACAGCAGACAGGAGAGCUGAAGGAAUUCGGGAACUAGUUCGAAUUACCAAGCCGGGAGGCAAGAUCCUCAUAUACGUAUGGGCCGAGGAACAGAAGCAGGGGACCAUCGGAGCUAGGAAAUUCGACGAACCAGAAAGUAAGCAUCGCGUCCCCUUAACCAUCCCCCUCUCCAACACCGCUUCCUCUCGACUGUCGCUCUUAUUGUACCACCGCCGAUCCACGGGUUCGUUAUAUUUUACCACCGAUCCAUAA